UAUGUUUCAACUGGUGCAUGUAGAUUGCUUUUGUUCAACGAUAUGUGGAUGUUGUAAUGGGUUAAAAAAAUACAUAUUAUUUUAUCAGCCUGUAGCUGCUAGCUUAGCUCAAUUAGCUAGUCAUAGGUACGUUACGUGCCCAGGCUGCCUAUUAGCCUGCAUGACGUUGUGCAUGUAGCUACUAGUUAACAGGACUAUUUGUGUUCAACGAUCUAACGUUAGCUUAUGUUAUAUUUGUGAUGUGCUGUAUUAUUUGAUCAGCCUGUAGCCAGCUUAGUUAGCGUUAGUCACUUUCUCAUCUUAGGUGUCGCGCUAGCUGAGCUGUCUGGGUUUCCAUCCACAUGUUUUUGUGUGCGUUUUCAAUGUUAAUAAUAGCGGCAGACGAAAACAUCAGAUCUGUGUGGAGCGAUGAGGAGACCGUAACCUUCCUCAAAUGAAUACAUGAAACAAACAUCAAUGUCAUAUUUCCAUCGUGUUUUCUACAUUGUUUUUCAACGUUUGAGGUUUGAUUGGCGCUGCGCCACCUACUGCUUAUCUCGAUGAACCAACUUUUGGGCCACCAACCAAAAUUAACCUUUGGGAAUAUGGCUUUAUGGUUACUUAGCUUUAUAAGUAUGGGAAUGUGUAGUGACACGGUAUUAUUGGUGUUACUGGUGGUGAAAAUGGCUUAAACACAUAGCUAAUAAUACUUUCUCUGUUUCCCAGAAUGGAAAACCAACCCGGCAGAUCACAGGCCCAGGAACCCAUGCGAUGGCAGCUCCUGCAGAGAGUCAGGGAUAGACUUACUUCUGUCAUCAACAGGCAACCCAUUGACUUUGAAUACCUGCACUUUGUUUGCUCUCAGGAGUUGCAGUUUGUUCGAGCUGGGGCAGCCAAUAUUGACCUUCCUGAGUGUGUUGUAGACAGUCUACAACAGCUGUCUGAAGUUGUCAGCACUUAUCUCUCACAGAGUAUUGUCCCUCCACUAUUGGAUGAUGUAGCUGUGGUUGAAUGGACUGGGAGUGUGGGGCGACCCCGGCUAAACAUAGAAAGUCAAACCCUCCUGAAUCUACUCAGUUCUGGGUUACCACUGACUUCUUUGACUGACCUCCAUGGCAUUUCAAGGUCAACUCUGUAUAGACGGAUGCAAGAGCAUAACCUCUCUGUCAGAAAAUGCUAUUCUGACAUAUCAGAUGAUGUGCUAGAUCAGAAGGUUAGGUCUAUAAAGGCAAGAAUGCCCCAUGCUGGCUACAGGCUAGUGAAAGGAUCUCUACAAGCAAUGGGGCAUCGGAUUUCGUGGAGAAGAGUAAAGAUGUCAUUGCAGCGUGUGGAUGGUGCAGGAAUAAUUGCCAGGAUGGUCCAGCUGUCUUGCAUUGCAAGACGGACAUACUCUGUUCCCGCUCCCUUGUCUCUUGUCCACAUCGACACAAACCACAAGUUAAUAAGGUACAACAUUGUGAUUUUUGGAGCAAUUGAUGGCUUUUCAAGGAAGAUCUUUUACCUGGACACAGCUGGGAAUAACAGAGCAGAGACGGCUUUUGGAUUCUUCAUGGAUGGAGUUCGGAAAAAUGGAUGGCCAUCAAGAGUACGAGCCGAUCAAGGGGUUGAAAAUGUAGACAUCGCUAGAUGCAUGUUUACUGUGCGAGGAACAGCCCGUGGCAGCUUUAUUGCUGGAAAAAGCGUCCAUAACCAGAGAGUGGAACGCCUAUGGAGAGAUGUUUGGAGUGUAACGUGUCAGUACUACGACGUGCUCCACAGUUUGGAGGAAGAGGGCUUCAUUGACCUGUCCAUUGCUGUCCACCUCUUCUGUGUGGGCUAUGUCUUCAUACCACGACUACGAUCAGAUUUGCAGCAUUUUACGGAGAGCUGGAAUUGUCACCCCUUAAGCACAGAGGGAAAUCUGACACCGAAUCAGCUAUGGAUGAUCGGGAUGCUGCAAGCACCUGUGCCAGAGCCAGACCUGGUAGAGAUCCAGCAAGCUGAGGAGCAACCCUCUCAGGAACAGCAAAGUGACAACACUGAGCAUGGAGUUAUAGUACCAGACAUCCAAUGUCCCCUGUCAGCUGAAAGACUUGCUGCACUACAGCACCUAGUGAACCCCACCACCGAGUCCUCAUCCUUUGGUCGGACAUCUACUUGCAGGCUCUUGGAACAGCUUUCGGACUCUAACAUUCUGACAUGCACACAUGCAUCUUUUCAACCUGCCAUAAUUACCUCAGAUUCUAACAAAGGCAGUUCUAAGUUAUUAUCAAGAAGCAAGUUUUUUACUUUCUCAACCAGCAUUUAUGUGAAUUAUACACAAAUAAAGCCCAAUUUGAGUAAAAGUGUUGUAGUUUAUAUUAAUUUGACUUGCCUGUAAUUAAAAACAGCAUUCUAAGGCCAAA